AUGGUGCAGCUGACAGCGCUGCUCUUGCUGCUGCUAACCACGCCCACAAACUUUGCCUUGGGCCAGCAGAACUGCAAGAGGAUAUCCAUCCCGCUCCAGCGAUCGUACAACCGCAACAACAACAUCCUGGUAGCUCGCCGGAAGGCACGGGAAAACAAGGACGGUAAGAAGCUGAUGAUGCUGCCGGCUGACGUCGACUUUGACGAGGAGACGCACGACGUUGAACCAGAUUUUGGCCAGGUACGGCUCACUGACGCCACCGACACAUACUACUACGGGGUCAUCUCUGUCGGCAUGCCUGCGCAAAACUUUACGGUGACCUUCGACACUGGCUCAGCCAACAUGUGGAUCCCGGGAGUGCGGUGUCAGUCGAAGGCGUGCUUGCAACACAACCGGUACGACCACGAUUUGUCUGGCCACUAUGGAACUGGUGAGGUACGCGGAUUCACAAGUCAGGACACAGUCAAGGUCGGCGGAAUCACGAUCAAGGACCAGCCCUGCCUGAUACCUGAGUUCGACGGCCUGUUCGGGUUAGCCUUCAAGUCGCUGUCGUCGGGUGGAUUGGUGCCGCCGAUGGUCAGGAUGAUUGAGGAAAACCUGGUUGACGAACCCGUGUUUGCCUUUGCCCUGUCACAGGGACAUCGAUCGUUUGGCGAGCUGCUUCUUGGUGGCUACAACGAGCUGCACUACAAGGGCGACCUCAAGUGGAUGCAUGUGACACGCCCCAAAUACUGGCAAGUUACAAUGGAGGGUAUCUGGUACGGAGAUGGCAAGCUCAAUCUUUUAACGCUCAGCAAGGACCACGACCUCGGCACUCUGCCACUAAACGUUGUGCUGACCAACAUCACUGAUGUGGCAACAUCCGAGGAGCAGGCGGCAAGACAGAUCGAGGAUCAGGAGAUGGCGAUCAAGAAAAUGAAGAAGAAGGCCAAGGGGACUGACCCAGAUAUGGAUAUCAUGAGGAAGAAGAAACACCCGCCCGAAGACACGUCAGUCAAGAUUAAGAAGCUGCUGCCGACUGGAUCUGAAAAGAAGCCUGAGACCUCGGCAAUUCUCGAUACUGGUACGUCGUUUUUGCUUGGUGACCCGAACACCAUACAGCUUAUUAGCCGGAUCAUUGGCGCCGACUACAAGACCGGUGACAUGUCGUGCGCGAAUCUACAAAACCUCGAGUCGUUCUGGGUCUCGCUCGGCGGCUACCGCUUCGAGAUCACGCCUGACCACUACGUUUAUCGUGACCCAGAGAAGAAGACAUGUAGCUCGGCAUGGGUGCCCUCGUAUGAUAGCCCGUUCUGGGUGCUAGGCGACUCGUUCUUGCGUGCCUAUUACGCUGUGUUCGACAUGAAAGAUAAGAAGGUUGGGUUGGCUCCGAUCAACAUGCCGCUGAAGCACUACUGAUAUGGCAGUGGGUUCACAUCUAAUUUCAUUUUCUUUUCUAUACACUAGUUGCAGCUUGC